AUGGCUUCAUACAUGAAAUACUUAAAGUUCUUGCAAACCAUCUUCUUUCUAUACGUGUUGGUGACAGUGAAGAAUGUCACUGGAUCAUCAGUAAGCCAUGAUGAAGAAUGCUCAGCCUUGUUUCAGUUUAAGCAAACCAUAAUUCAUCAAGAUGAUGCUGCUUGUGCUGCUCAUGGUUCUCAAGUCCUCCAUUCAUGGAACACUAGUUUUGAUUGUUGUUCGUGGGAGGGGGUGGCGUGCAGCAAUGACCGUGAUCAGUACUAUGGUCAAGUGAUGGGUCUUGACUUGAGCCAGAGGUCUCUUUGUGGGCGUAUCAACUCCAACAGCACCCUCUUCAACCUUGUUCAUCUUCAGAGACUCAACCUUUCUGGGAACGACUUUGGUGAAUCUGAAAUCCCUUCUGAGAUUGGUCGUCUAAAGCAAUUAAGAAGCCUCGAUCUCUCUUAUUCUGGGUUUAGUGGCCAAAUCCCGACUGAAAUCUUGCAGCUGUUUCAGUUGUCUUCUUUAGAUCUGUCAUGGAAUUCACUAAAGCUUCACAAUCCUAGCCUCAAGGAUCUAGUGGAAAACUUUACAGCGCUUGAAGAACUCCAUCUCUCUGGUGUUGACAUAAGUUCUUCUGUACCUCAUUUCUUGGCCAACUUUUCUUCUUUGAAGUCACUCAAGCUAAGAGAUUGUUCGCUUGGGAAUGAAUUCCCUGCAGCCAUACUUGAGCUGCCAAAGUUGCAAGUUCUUAACUUGGCAGACAAUACCAACCUCGCUGGUUCCUUUCCAGAAUUUCAUGGCAAAAGUUUACUAAAAGAGGUGAUACUACGUGGCACAGGUUUCUUUGGGGUUGUACCGGAAUCCCUUAGCCACCUUAACCAUCUGACUGUCUUGUCCCUUAAUGAUUGCUAUUUCUCGGGGCGCAUUCCACGUUCAUUCUCUAACAUGACGCAACUCACUUACUUGGGUCUUGGUGAAAAUCACUUCACAGGCUCAGUUCCUUCAUUGGCAAGUCUUUUGAAGCUCGAUCUUUUGGAACUUAAUGGUAACAGAUUUGAGAAAGGACGCUUUCCCAAUUGGCUUGGAAAGCUGACUAAACUUAGUGAACUCUAUCUGUCUGAUAUGAACAUAAAUGGAGAAAUCCCACUCUUUCUAUCCAACCUAACCAAACUUAGUGAGGUAGGAAUGCCAAGAAAUUCUCUUACCGGUGGUAUACCAUCCUGGUUGUUCAACCUCACCCAACUAACAUUUUUAAAUCUUCAGAUGAAUCAAUUGCAAGGACCAAUUCCAAACACAUUUUCCAACUUCAAAAGUCUUGAGUAUCUUCACCUAGGUGGAAACAAUUUCAGUGGUAGGGUAGAACUCGACAUGUUCCUAGGACUCAACAAACUCCAAGUACUCUUUUUAGGUUAUAACAGGAUAUCAUUAGUAACCACCAACAACUACACCAAUACCACUCUACCAGAAUUUGAGUGGUUAGAACUGUCAUCAUGCAACUUGAAGGAAUUUCCUGCCUUUUUGCGCUUCCAAAAUAAAUUGACUGCCUUACAUCUUGACAGCAACAACAUUGAUGGCCUGGUACCUGUGUGGAUCUGGAACAACAGCCGGGAAACAUUAGAGUUGAUUAACCUUUCAGGCAACUCCAUCACUGGCUUUGAUCAGCAUCCUCAUUUUCUCCCAUUGACAAAUUUACAAGUAUUUUUUAUUGAAAACAAUCAGCUACGAGGACAACUACCAAUUCCACCACAAUCCACAGUUGUUUAUCUAGUCUCACAUAAUAAUCUGACUGGAGAAAUACCACCAUCGAUAUGUGAACUGAAAUCUCUUCAAAUAUUAGAUUUGUCUUUUAACAACAUGAGCGGAACACUUCCUUCAUGUUUGGGUAUCUUAAGCAAUUCGUUAGUAUAUUUAGAUCUGAGACGAAAUAAUUUCCAAGGCAAAAUGAUGAAUGGUUUUAUGCCUGGAAGCUUGCUGGAAAACCUUGAUUUGAGUGAAAAUAGAUUUACGGGUCAGCUGCCAAGAUCAUUGAUGAAUUGUAUCAAUUUAGAGUUUCUUUCUCUUGGAGAUAACGCUUUUCAUGACGUCUUUCCUUCUUGGCUGGGAACUCUUUCCAAGCUGCAAGUUCUGGUUUUGCGCUCCAACAAACUUUAUGGUCCAAUUCAAGGUUCCUCACAGUUCCCUAAGUUGCGGAUCAUAGACCUCUCUAACAACAAUUUCAGUGGUCAGUUGCACCAAAACCACUUCCAAACAUGGCAUGCCAUGAGCUCCAACCAUCUUGGUGUUUCAUCUGUUAUGGAAUCAAAUAUAUCCUCCAAACACGUCCAUACAAAUUGGCCUUACACCGUGACAUUAACACACAAAGGUGUCAGAACAGAGUACCCACAUAUUUUAACCAUAGAUAUGUCCAUUGAUCUCUCUUGUAACCAUUUUGAAGGAGAAAUCCCACAAUCACUCCAACAUCUUCGAGGCCUUCAAUCGCUCAAUCUUUCCAACAAUCAUUUUACUGGACGUAUCUUGCCAUCUUUAAGGAACCUAACAAAUCUUGAAGCUUUGGAUCUCUCUCGAAACAACCUAUCUGGGGAAAUUCCUCAACAGUUGGUGCAACUCGGAUUCCUUUCCAUCUUCAAUGUGUCAUUCAACCAUCUUCAGGGGCGUAUCCCACAAGGAAAACAAUUUGAUACAUUUGACAACAGCUCCUACAUCGGGAAUCCCCGAUUGUGUGGACGACCUUUAUCCAAGGAAUGUCAAGAUCAUCCAAAGGUGCCAUCAAGACUUCCACCAACAACCAGUGUGUCUGAAUCUCUCUUCCCAUGUGAAAGUAUAGUGAUCGAUUCACAAAGAGGAGGACAGAUGGGUAAGGCCACUUCUAACAUGAGGAGAAACCAAGGAGGUGUCAUAGCUUAAAGUUCAAAGGGCGUAGAGAAGUUGAAGAAAACAUUCAAGGGAUUCAGUGUUUGUUUUACCAUGUAGUAUGUGUAUAUUACUUUAAGAUUUUGUUUGU